GAUCUUGUAAACUGCGUAUGCCGAUCUGACGUUUUUGGUUAUUUUUGUUCUUGCCUCGUGUUUACUUUAGUGUCUAAUUUUGGUCCAAUUGCAAAAAUUCAGUUGUGCAAUACUAUAAAUGUUAAUAUUUCGUUCGUAAACGGUAUUUCCGUAUAGAACACUAUCGAUCCGCAAUUCCGGACUAGUUAUAUGUAUACAGUUUUAUCACGUGGUGGUGUGGUGGUUUAUAUAAUUCUUGUUUACUGCACAAGUCGAAACUUUGCGCAUGUGCGUCCCGUCAGUAACCUCAAAUUGUAGAGUAGGCACGGAUUCGGCAGGUUCCGGAUAUCCGGGUCGCAACGCGGAGGCGGUGGUUCUCGCGGCUGGUUUGUGAUGUGCCCUCGUGCAAGGCGUUCACGCCCCGCGAGUGAACAGCGUUGGUGAUACGGUACGCGCGCGCCUGACAUGGCCCAGACUCAGUUCACGCGGAGCUCGGAGAGCGACGCAUGGGCGCUUCUGUCCCUAAAGUCGGCGCCGCCGUCUCCGUCCAAAGUGCAGUGGGCACAGGAGCCGGCGCCGAUCGCGAUCGCGCGGCUAGACGGCAGGGACUUUGAGUAUGUGAUCCGACAAAAGCGUGUUGUGAUCGGGCGAAAUUCGAGCCGCGGUCAGGUGGAUGUGAACAUGGGACAUUCUAGUUUUAUCUCCAGACGGCACCUCGAGCUCUUGUACGACCAUCCGGAGUUCUAUUUGACGUGCAACAGUAAGAAUGGCGUGCUCGUGGACGGCGUGUUCCAGCGGAAGGGCUCGGCUGCGAUGCUGCUGCCCAAAAGAUGCACGUUACGGUUCCCUUCCACGAACAUCCGGCUGGAGUUCCAGUCGCUCGUGGAGGAGGGCGGCGCGGGCGGCAGCUCGGGGCCCCCGCUGCCACCUCUCCGCAUCACAAUACCAGUGGAGAAUGAUGGUCGGAGUCCUGCGCCCUCGCCGACAGGUACAAUAAGUGCGGCGAACAGUUGUCCGACGUCGCCGCGGGGGGCGGGCUCGUCGGGCCGCCGGCACGCGGACCUUGGUCUGGUGGCUCACUAUGCCGCGCUAGCUGACCAGCGGCCCUCUUCUAAUGGCACCGCUGUGUCGUCCACGACGUCGGACUCCGGGUACAGCAGUACCCGCGACGUGCGGGAGGCGCGUGAGUCGCGCGAAGGCCGCGAGGGGCGCGAGGGUCGCGACGACGCCAAGCCGCCGUACAGCUACGCGCAGCUCAUCGUGCAGGCGGUCGCCUCCGCGCCCGACAAGCAGCUCACCCUCAGCGGCAUCUACAGUUACAUUACCAAGCACUACCCGUACUAUCGCACCGCCGACAAAGGCUGGCAGAACUCCAUACGUCAUAAUUUGUCGCUCAAUAGAUACUUCAUCAAAGUGCCGCGCAGCCAGGAGGAGCCCGGCAAGGGCAGCUUCUGGCGCAUCGACCCGCAGAGCGAGGGCAAGCUCAUUGAACUCGCUUUUAGGCCGCGGCGGCCGCGCGGCGUACAGUUCCGAGCACCUUUCGGACUCACGUCCAGGAGCGCGCCGACGUCCCCGUCGCAGGUGGGUGUGUCGGGGCUGGUGACGCCCGAGGAGCUCUCGCGAGAGCCCACGCCCGACCUGCUGUCCGGCGAGGAGCACGAGCACCAGGCAAGUCAGCAGCGAUUGAAUAACAGCAACAGUCAGUCGACGCAGUAUCUCUUCCCGCAGCGCAGCGGCGUCAGUCAGAGUGCACCAGGAUCACCUGGUCACGGGCUGGCGUACAACUCUGGUGGUAGCGGGCUCGUGAUGGCCGGCCACCAGAUCACCGUCGUUACUAAUGGCGCCGGCGGCGAGCGGGAAGAAAAGUACGUUGUCGGUACUAGUUCCGUGGGCAACCUGGUCUCCAUACAGGAGGAGGAGGUGCCGGCGAAUGUCGUCAUACACCAGCACUCGCCGUAUUAUGCUGGUGGGUACAGCGGCAGCGGCGGAGGAGGCGGCGGGGGAGGCAGCUCGGUCGCGGAGGAGGCGUGCUCGCUGGGCGGCGAGCUGGUCAUCGAGGAGGCGCCGCCCGAGCCGCCGCACAAGCGCGCGCGCCAGCACAACAUGUCUGAUAUGGAGGAACGACGCGCAUAUUGACGGCCCGCGACGCUCGCGUGACUGCGCGUCACCACGCGCCGCACUAGCGCCGCGCUGACGUCGCGCUAACGUCGCGGUGACGUCACGCCGACGUCCCACCGACGUCGCACCGACGUCGCACUAGAGUACUCGCAAGUACGCUCGGAAUAUACCGCGCACCUAAUGCAUACGUUCACUUUGCCCUAUGGGGUGGAAUUGUCCUAGGAAUUUUAGUGAGUUAUGCAUAACGUAUUCUUUGUGAGUAAAUUGUAAUGGAUCUAUAUUCUUGAUAUGAAAUAAGUUAAGUGAUGGUUUAAAGGGAUCAGUGGAGAAGGAUACGUUAUGUCGGAAUUAGAAAUGCUUCGAUUUAGACGCUAUAGGGGAGACUAAAUGUAUUACCAUGUAAAUACACGGUCUCCCAUCGUUUAUAGUGACAGUAAAAUAAUGUAUGGGAUCAUGCUGUGUGCUACAUUCUAAAAGAGCUCAACGGAAAUUUGAAUUUAAAUAUAGAACGUGCGACAAUCUAAGGACAAUUCCACAUUCACCUAAAAUGGGACGUUUGAUAGUAUCUUGGCAAUAAUUGGAAUGAGUGAUUAAUUGAAUUGUAAUGCUAAUUGGACGUAUGAAGACAGUGAGUUUAGUUUAUUACGGACGGCCUUGGAACUGUGGGGUUAAGUGGAUACAAGUUUGUGUGGUACAUUUUAAGUUUUACGCUAAGUGAAGUGGCAUAUUUGUUUGGACUCGAGGGCCCUGCGCCCUCUCUUUGACAUAUGUCGAUUUAACUUUUUUUCUGUGUGUGGCCAGCUUCAAAAUUUUUUUAAAAUAACAAUAAGGCCUUUUCGACUGCCCUUAAAUAAAAUUAAGAGAGGUGUAAUGGCCUUUUUGUGUGUAGCGUAGUUGUAAAAAUUCUGAAGCUGCCAGUAUUUUGCAAAUAUUGAGUGCAAUGAAAAAACAUUUUUUUUUAUUAGUUAAAAAAAAAAAGCAUGGUAAAUGUUAGUAUAUAAUACGACAGAUAUACUUAAAAUAUAUAGGUAUGUUUGCAAGUUGCAGGCGUGUUGGGACAAUAUAUUGUUGUGUGUACACUUCACGUAAUAAAACGAGACUACACACGAUGCGACAAAUUCAUAUUUUUAAUCUGUACAAUUAACGAUCAAUUGUAUAUGGGCGAGGGAAAAUGUCAGUUCCUUAUACAGAUACGAUUUGUCGUUGAUCUACGAUUUCGAAUUAAAAGGAUAAAUCGCAGCGAUUUGUCGCAGCGUGUACGGCCAUCGUUACAGAUAUAUCGGUAAACGUUACUGAAAUAUUCGUCAUUGUAACUAGUGAUUAAUCGAGUACUAAUUAACGUAUAGAGGGAUUAUUUUUAGCUCUUGUAAAAUUUUUUUAAGGGGGACAAAAUUGAAAUAAAAUUUCAGUUUUUCUCUCUUUAUAUUCGACUUUUAUCGAUUGGUAAUCGAUAAAAGUGUUUUAACAUCACAAUCCUAAUUGUAUAGACAUUAUUUAGUGAUCAUACAGAAAUACACACUACGGUUUAUGUUAUAUAUCACACAAUUACUUUUAUCAACGAUAUUACUACAGUGCAGUUCCUUAUCUUUUUUUUUAAUUUUUAUUUAUAAAUAUUACUCGUUUUGUGGAGAAAAUUCAAAUAAUUCAUUUUGCUACAUUUUUUUUUUAAAUUUCGAAUUUUUCAUUUUGAGUUCGAGGCCUCGAGUGAAAGAGCUGUGGGCGCAGUGUCUAAGCUUUCUGUAUCUUAUUUAUUUCAAUUAUUUAUAACUAGCUUUUACCCGCGCCUUCGUCCGCAUGUCCGGGAUUGUCGGGAUGACCGGGACAUAAAGUAUGUCCUAUGACUACCUCUAUCCUAUCCAAGUAAUCAAUUCCCUUGUUUAGACGUUAAGAGGUAACAAACUUACUUUUUAUAUUGAUUACAGGUAUCUAACCUGAUUUUCAGAUAAUCCUCUGCUAAAUCGAUAUGUCUACAAGCAUGCAAUUUUGCCUGGGCGUUCCUUGUGGACGUAGUCUAUGGUAUUCCAGUAGUUUAGAAUACUGCCUCACGGGUCAUUACCCUUUAAAUAAAUAUUUAUACACAAUAGCAGCCACAGACAAGCCUCUAUGUCGAGACUGUUUUGACGCUCAGUAAAUGGUUGUUCACGUAAUCCUGGAACAUGUAGCUGGGGCUACUCAAAGUUUAGAAAUCCUCAGAACAGUGAUGUCGCUCCGUGAGGCCUGUGAUGAUGCCAGGAAGCUUUUGUGCUUUUGGGUGUAGCUUCACUGGCUGUACUAGCCACGACUUACCCGAAUGAGAGGCUUAGUGCGAAAAUGAGUCCAAAUUAUGUUCGACUUUUUUCUUACUUUUUUUUCUUUAAUUUUUCGAUAUUCUCAGAUUUGAUCUUCAUACAAUAAAAAUAUCCAUUAGUGCAUCUGUUUGUUUUUCUAUAUAUAUUUACAAAAAAGUGUGUCUCUCAGUUGUUUCAUUGUUUUGGUACUAGAUGGCGCAUUGUACAAUGCCCAGUUGUGUUUAUUUAUAAUUAAAUAAGUGAGUAUUAAGAAAAGAUGUAUGGGAAUUCAUCCCUAAAAGGGAUGUAUUAGACAAAGUUUACAAGUAACAGAGUAUUAAUAAAAAAAAUUACUAAAAUAAUAUAUUGUGGGUUAUGAUAAGUUAAAAAUUAUAUUUACAUAUUGGGCAGAUGACUACUUAAUUAGGAAAUUAAAAAAAAAAUGGUCGAAAAAGAAAAAAAAAUUCGACCUACCUAUUGUCGUUAGGUAUGAAAUAUUUGGUAUUUCUAUCUAUGUUUCUUUGUGCAGUUAAACUGCUUUUUUUUAAUGGCUAAUAAUGGAAUGGUGACCUCGCCUGCGUUAUCCUUUUACACAGGCGAGGUACCAGUGAGGGACAAUGGGCGAUGACGAAAGCAGGUCAAUUGGCUAGCCUAUCGUGACGAAUUCGACUGGAAUUAAUGACGAUGGUCUCCAAGAACCGCGUGGAGGUUGACCUGAUUGGGUUUAUUGCUAGUAAUGGGGCUGGUAGAUCCCAUUACUACCCCCCCCCGUUCCCUGUAUCACCGUUAGAAUACUUUAAAAGGAUGCAAAUAAUUGUUUUCAUUUUGUGUACAUAUUUUUAUAAUAACUAUCUUGCUUUGAGGGGGAACAGUAGAGUUUUCUUUCCAAAAAAGUAGGUAGUUUUCAAUUGGGUUGUAUUUUUUUUUUUUAUAUUUGUUACCAUUACUCCGUUAUUAAUAAAUCGAUUAGGGGGUUUUUUUUUAUCUGAAAGGAUAUAACUUUCAGUUGGCUCCAUAGAAUUUUUUUACAGUGAACGCUCUAUAUAGGCAACUCAUUCGAAUCAAUUUUAAUAAAAAAAUCUUAUUGGGAAAAGUUACUUAUAGGUGAAAAAAGGAGUUUAAAAAUAUUGGAAAAUAUUUUUACUUAUUUCUUUUACUAAGCUGAGUAGAAUAAAUAAAAUAUAAAGAAUGUUGGUUAUAGAGAGAUUGCUUAUAUAGAGCGUUCGCUGUAUUUGAAAACCUAGUUUAGUUUUUACAUCACAAUAGUAGAUUUGGUGUUGGACUUAAAAGUCUCUUUUUUUUGGAUCACGUUCUCAAGUUAUUUUCUAUAUAAUACUGAACUGCACUGUACUAAUAUUACAUUAUUUAAUAAACAUAGGAAGUGAUUAUGGUAAUGAAGUGAUUUUCGAAUGCGUACUACGUGACCGAAUUAAGGACAAAAUCGGAGUACAAAUAAGACCUAAACUUCGAAGUUUCUAGUAAAAUUUACAAUAAAACAAAUAUAUAUAUAUCGCUGUUGGUACGUAUGUUUAACCCUGUUUUUUGACAAUUUUAGCUUCCUAGUAUUAGUGAAAUGACACCAAAAUACCUUUUGAAUGUAAAAAAAAAAAGUAUGUAUUUUAACUAAGUCUAUUAUAAAUAUUAUGUAAUUAAUUAUUUUACAUAGAUUGCCAUGUUUUCUAGAAUUUCUGCUGGACUACUUUUUUUUGCGAAUAUAAAAAUCUAAAGGUGCAUGUGAUUUUUUUUUUAACUAUUUUUAUUUUAGCAAACUGUGUAAAAUUUAUUACAAAAGUAUUUUUAGAAUAAAGUCCGUGUUACAGACGUUAAAAAAAUAGGAUUUCAUUCGAUUUGUCAGGUAAAUUUUAAUGAUUAUUUUUUUAUUAAUGUAAUUUGUAUUCAGGCUGGUCCCGUUAUUAAUGUUAAAAUUGAUGUUGGACUUGGUUUUUUUUUUAUGUAGAAAUGAUGAUAUUAGUUUUUAUAGAAUGAUCACGUCUUGACCUGAUGAUGCCCAUGAUUUUUGUUCUGGCGUAUAUUCGCCUAUACUGCGUCGAUAUUGAUGAUUCUUUUAAUUGUCAAGGUUUACUGCUUUAGUAGUUACAUGUUAAUAAUUGUCACUAAGUAGAUUUUUUUCGCAACAAAAUCUGAAUAAUUCUCGUUAAUUUUUCUUUGCGUACUAUGGAUGGCAAUCGUUUAAAAAUCUGCCCGGAAAUAUCUGGAAAGUUCUCUAUUCACGUAUAUAGACAUGUGUAAUGUUGGUGUAUAUAUCCUUUGUAUUACGAUCACAAAUCCCACAUACCUGCUAUCUGUCAAUGUCGCCUGUAGUUUAGAAUAUGAGUCAAUACGAGUGCGGACUGGAACAAUUAAGACAUAAUUAAAAUUAAAAAAAAAAAACAUAUUUAAGAGCAUCGCUCUUGUCUUUGGAGCUCUUGUCGCUCAUUACGAUUUUCAGCGAGUCUCUUCACCUCUUGGUACGACCUAUUUUUUCAUUGAUUUACCUGAUGUUACUAUACCUUGGUCUCCCUCUAUCCCUUCUAUUAUAAUGUUUAUAUAGGACACUACAUAGUGUCCUAUAUAAAGUGUUCCAAAAUUUUCUCCCUUCUGACCUCAAUAGUUUUUAUAAUUUGGUUUACUUAUUUUGCAGUCAGGCAUUUGGUGAUGUUCUAAGAGGGACGCUGCUGCCCAUCCCUCGACCUAAAGAUAAUUAUAGUUUAUAAAUAAAUAAUAAAAAAAAAAUUGUAUUGAAAUAAAAUCGCAAGCACUAAAGUAGGUAUUAUUUACGGACUUUACUAUUUCACGUACUUGACUGGGGCCUCGGGGUGAAACCCAUUAUCUCCGGGUCACGAGUAUUAGUUCCUUUCUAUUCUUAUGGGAUAGGUCCCUUCUCUUUUUCUUAAUUCACAUAAGGGGCUGUUGUUUAAAUGAAAUAAAUAUGGUAUAUAUAUAUAUAUAUAUAUAUAUAUAUAUAUAUAUAUAUAUAUAUAUAUAUAUAUAUAUAUAUAUAUAUAUAUAUAUAUAUAUAUAUAUAUAUAUAUCUGAUUUUUUUUAUUCCCUUUGGUUUUUUCCUCCCACGACUGUUAGUUUUGUUUCCAAUAGUACCAAUUUGUAAGAGAGGACUCCACUUGUUGAUUUUAAAUAUAUACAAUUUGAAAUUACUAAUAACAUAUUUCGGUGUCUGCACACGUAUUUACUCAUGUACUUUUUGUGUGACCAGUUGUGAAUAUUAGUAAUAUGAAUCUUAAGCUUUAUUUAUGGAAUUUAAUCGAUCAAAAAAGGCUGGCUUACCAAAUAUGCCGCACUCAUUGUAUUUUAUAUUGCUUACAUUAUUAUUUACCUAAAAAAAUCAUUUAUAUAUUACAUUUUCAUUGUAAAGAGGCAUCGUCCCACAUCUCGUCGAAAAUUAUCGACAAAAAUACACCCGAGUCAAUCCGGGUCGAUAAUUCUCGACAAAAAUUCACCUAAGUCAAUCCGGGUCGAUAAUUCUCGACAAAAAUACACCCGAGUCAAUCCGGGUCGAUAAUUCUCGACAAAAAUACACCCGAGUCAAUCCGGGUCGAUAAUUCUCGACAAAAAUUCACCUAAGUCAAUCGGGGUCGAGAAUUAUCGACAAAAAUACACCUAAGUCAAUCCGGGUCGAGAAUUAUCGACAUGAAUACAUAUAAGUCAAUCCGUUUAUCUUUACAAUUGAGUCGCUUUGCACUGCUAACGUCCCGCGUAUGAUUCUCAUCGUAAUAAUUUAUGAGCUAAGCUAUAAAUUGACGCCGAUUCGAUUGAUCUGGACGAAAAUAUAAUGACGCGUUUGAUUUAAAAAAAAUGUAGCGUAAUCAUUUUUUGUUUAGUCUUAUUUGAACAUUCGAUGUUUUAAAAUGACAAGGUCUUUAUAAAUGUUUAGUUGCCUUUGAAAAAAAUAACCAAUACUGCGCUUCAGUUCCCUUAAAUUAUUUCUAAAAAUUUAAUUUUAGAAAAAGUACAUUGUAUUUACGGAUCGUCAAUAACUAAGUUGGAUCCUGUAAAAAAAUUCUGUUAUAAAUUUUGAUUCAUAUUCUACAUAAUACAUCACUUAAUAAAGAAAAAAAUGUGUUUCCUAUUAUGACAUAUUUUUUACUUAACUUCGUAAUAAGACGUGAAAGGUUUUAUUUUAUAUUGGUAUUUAGAAAUAUCAAACUGAAAUCUUAGUUCUAGAUAUAGCUAAUGACGCUUCGUUUGCUGAUGUGUUUAAACAUCCAAACGGAAUAAGACAAUCGCAUAAUUUUGUAAUUUUUCACGGUGAACAAUUUGAACAAAAUCAUACAUAUGCACAGUUAUUGAAUUUUUUUACGUAAAAUUUACUGCGCAUGCCCUGUGGAUCGAAUCGCUAAUGUUAACUGUCCUUGAUCAACACGUUUUUCAUGAGAGAGCACAAUACGACGACGUUAAGGUCUCCGUAGACGGUCAUGCGGGUUGAUUGAGCACGCAUAUUUCGCUUUUUGUAAGAUAAAGGUGAUAUCUUCGGAAUAGUUCUAUCUUUGUCUUACGAACAGUAAAAUAUCCAUGUUCGAGUCGAGCCGCUUGACCAUGUAUGGAGGUCAUAAGACGUUAUUUUUUUUUAUUCUUAAACGUUUUUAACACUGAGGCAGAAUACACACUGUCCCAUACUCGGUUUGUAUUUAAGUCGUGCAUUUUAUCCGCUGAUAAAAUUUCCCUUUAAUUUAUUUUGGGAUAUUAUAACCGGAUUUAAAUGUACAUCGAGAUUAUGUUCUUCGUCAUACAUACAAGUCUAGGUAUAAUGGAUGUAGGGGAUAAAAUGCGGAUGCGAUGUACUUGUACUUCAUUAACUUGUUGUGGGUGACCAUGGGCGGCGGUAGUCACUUACCAUCAGGUGAGCCGCAUGCUCGUUUGCCCCCUGUGUUGUAAAAAAAAAAAAAAUAACUCAGGAUACUGUGUUCCACUAAAAAUAAUGAGAAAGUAGGACAAUGACUCGAGUGAUUUAAAGCACAUUUAAAGUUAUUAGUUUAAUUGAUACAUUACAUUCAAUAUAUUGAUUUUAUUCCAAUUUUUUUUAACUAAAAUUUGG